ACUGCUCUCUCUCUCUCUCUCUCUCUCUCUCUCUCUCUCUCUCUCUAGAUCUGUAGAUAAAAAAUACAAUUACAUAUAUACGGUGAGAGUGUGUGAUGAAGAUAAGGUAUUGGCAGAAGUCUAGAGGAUACGAAAGGCUUGAUGGUUCGGCGAAGAAAGCGAAAUCUGGUGGGAGAAAUGUGAAGCGAGUCAAGUUUGAUCGGACCAAGAAGAGACGGUUUUGGAGGAUCAAGAUAGUGCCGAAGCUGAGGGUCUUGAAAAAGGCGUCGCCUAAGAAGCUUUUAACGUGGCUUCGAGAUGCUUACGUCAAUAUGAUGCUGAGCUUCGCAAAUUCUCGGGUCAUUGAGUCGUCUUACGGGUUCGGUGAAUAUGGGUACGGGUCGGGGUUAGCGUCGAGGGAGUAUGAUGAGAAGAAACUGGUAGAGAUUUACAAAUCUAUGUUGAUGGCGCAGGGGUCUCUCGUACACCGCGACGUACCUAAACUUUCGGCUGAUUCUAUAAAACUUUCACCUCUUAUGUAAUUACAUCGAUUUAGUUGCACUAAAACAAAAUAUAUAUGGGGAUUAUCGAUGUUAAAGUUGUGAUUGUAAUCUGUGUUAAAGUUACAGUUCUGAAACUAUCAAAUACUAUAUUAAUCAAAUAAUAGUGGAUCCAACCUUUUAUAAAAUGGUUUGCAUU